AUGGCAUUGUCGCUUGCUCUUCGGUCAAGCAUUCGUUUCACUUGGCGUGAAGCCUGCCCAGUGGCCAGAAGAAGUCCCUGUGCACCGUGCAAGACCAGCACUGCAUUAUGCAUGUCCUUAUGCAUCCAGAGACGUCCCUCGUCGUGCAAAUCUGUGGCAGAUACACGCAAAUUAGCUGUGAGAUUAAUUUCCAGCUCCUGCUGUCACUGGCGUGACUCGCUAUCAGAUCUAAGAGCUUUGCGCGAAACCACUUCGUCCAUAAUGCGACUGAAGCGCACGGGCGACUGGGAACAGGCGUGGUUUUUGCUUUUUGCAUCCUCUCAUGUCCUCCCAGACAUAGUGGCAUUCACUGCUACGGUGGGUGUCUGUGCACAAGCUUCGGCUUGGAAAUCUGCGCUUACACUGUUGGAGAGGCUUCACUCAAGAGCCAUUCCGGAUCGUGGGUUUUGGAAUGCUGUCGGUGCGGCAUGUUCUGCAGCCGGAAAGUGGCAGCUUGCACUCUGGCUCCUUCUGGAUUCCCCACGGUCUGCAAGCUUGUCUCCCAAUAUGGUCGCACUGAGUGCGGCGAUGACAGCUUGUGAGCGCGUGUCUUCAUGGCAAAAAGUGCUUGAACUUCUCUCGGACGCACAACAACACGGCCUAGCGGGAGCACAUGCAUACAGCUCUGCAAUUGUGGCCUGUGGCACAGUCUUUGCCUGGCAACGUGCUUUGCUUCUCUGGAGCGAGUGUCAGAGACAGAGCUGGACCGUCGAAUCGAAAGUCGUCGUCUUGAAUUCCACUUUGACGGCCUUGGAGCGCUCGACGGAAUGGUCGCGGUGCCUGCAUCUCCUGAGAAGCGACGGAAAUCGGGAGAAAGGCGAUGGUGCAGAUGGCAUCAGCUACAGUGCUGUCAUUGCAGCCUGCUGCAAAGACCAGGAGUGGGCUCUGUCAAUUUCCCUUCUGGACGAGGCUCUGUCGCUGAAACUCAUCCCUAGCCCUGGAGCCUUCAGCUGCCUGGCACGCGCACUGGGCCACAGCCGCGCUUGGCAGCAAGCGCUCCAGCUUCUGCAGCUUCCGAUGCCGCCGCACUCCGUCCUGGAUCUGUGGUCCAGCGUGGCCUGGGCUCUGGAUGUGGCUGGCACGUCGAGUCUGGGGCUCCCUUCGCUUCAGAUGGAAGCUUUGGGACGCAAGCAAUUUGCUCUGCUGGAUUUCGUGCAGCGCCGUGCUCGCAGAGGGGACUUGGACGGAGUGCUCUGCGAGAUGCUGAAGUUUGCGCGGCGCCGGGAGUGGCUGAAGAUCGCAGGUGGGAACAAGUCCCGCCUCUUGGAGGCGAUUCUUCGUCCUGGUGAUGUUGUCCUGGAGUUUGGAUGCUUCGUCGGCUUCUCUGCGCUACUGGCAGCCCGGCGACUCAGGAUUCUUGGUGGUGGCGGCCGAGUUGUUUCGUGUGAGCUCAAUCUGGUCAGUGCCCAUAUCGCACGCCGCAUCAUCAAAUGGGCUGGAGCUGAAGCGGAAGUGGAGGUCAAGAUUGGUUUUGCGGCCGACUGGAUUGCGACAGGUUUGCUGGCCAGUCCGGAUGUGGUUGUGCUUGAUCACAGUGGUGCUCGAUACCACGAGGAUCUCUUGGCCUUGGAGCCUCUUCGAUCCAGUGCCCGCAUCCUUGCCGACAACGUCCUGAGCCCUGGUGCGCCAUUGCUGCUGAGUGUCAUAGACGGCCGCUACCACGUGGCAGUCCACGAGGUGACGGAGUUCUUGCGACGCAGUCGCAUGGACUGGGUUCUGGUCAGUGUCCCUUUCGAUCCCUUGCCUUCCUGGAGCGGCCCUGGAGACGCCGUGCCUCCGGAGUUCCAGCAGCUCGCGGUGGAGAUCAACAGGCUGUGCUGGCGGAGCAGUUCGGCGAGUCGCAGUCAACGAGUUCGGGGGGAGGAGUGGAUGAGAUUGCAGGAGAGUGCGUUGCCAGUGUUCCGCCAAUGGGCACGACAGCGGCGCCUUCUUAGCAGUCCGAAAAAGCCGAACCAAUCUGCCAAGGCCAGACUUCGCGACAGGCUCGAGGCGCUGCAGCAUCUUUCCCAGGCAAGGGCAGGGCAACAACGGUCGCCUGUCUCCCUCUCGCCGACCCAACCAUGCCAGUCGCCCAUCCGCAGCUACAAGAUCUUCAACACCAAAGCCCGUUCGGUGUCGCCGCCAAGGCAUCAGCAUUCAAUAACCUUGGCCACUGGUAAGCCACUCGUCUCACAGCAGUGCAGGCCUCUCAGUCGAACUCACCAAGAGCCGACCAGGGCACUUUCAGGAUCCCCGAGGGCAGUUUCUACGCCGGUGGUCGCCACACCGCCCCUCCUGAGAGUGGCUGCCGCUGCAGCUGGUGUUGCGAGAAACCAGGCUACGCCACACUUCCAGCAACUUGAUGAUGCCAGGCAUCGAGCACAGGUGGACUUCUGGUCUGGCCUGUAG